AUGGAUCAAGAUCUGUCAAUCAAAAUACUAGAUGCCUGUGGUUUCUUCCCAGAAUCUGGAAUUGGGGUUCUAUCUCGUCGUUGUCUAGUAAGAAUUGAUGGGCAUAACCGGCUGAUGAUGCAUGAUAUGAUUCAAGCCAUGGGUAGAGAUAUUGUCCGCCAAGAAUCCCCUCAAGAGCCUGACGAACGUAGUAGAUUGUGGUAUCGUGAGGACAUUCUCGGUGUACUGAGGAAUAACACACAAUUUGUCAUUGUCUUCAUAGAUGACAUUUUGAUUUACUCGAGGUCAGAGGACGAUCAUGCUAGACAUCUUCGGAUAGUCUUACAGACGUUUCGUGAGCAUCAGUUGUAUGCCAAGUUUGAGAAGUGUGAAUUUUGGCAGCGGGAAGUGAAAUUUCUGGGUCACGUGGUGUCAGAAAGGGGAAUAGCGGUGGAUCCAGCCAAGGUUUCAGCGGUGGUUGAGUGGGGACAGCCUACAUCACCUACCGAGAUUCGGAGUUUUCUCGGUUUGGCAGGUUAUUAUAGAAGGUUCAUCCAGGGGUUCUCAAAGAUAGCGGGACCACUCACUCAUCUGACUAAGAAGGGUGUACGGUUCGUGUGGGAUGAACAUUGUCAAAAAGCUUUUGAUGAACUGAAGACUAAGUUGACUUCUGCACCGGUUUUGUCUACCCCACAGAGCGGGAUUGAGUAUCUUGUCUACACAGAUGCUUCUUUGCAGGGUCUGGGAUGCGUCUUGAUGCAGGAGGAGCGACCAAUUUCAUAUGGAUCUCGGAAACUUAAGCCUCAUGAGCUUAAUUAUCCAACACAUGAUUUGGAGUUGGCAGCGGUGGUCUUUGCCUUACGUAUUUGGAGGCAUUAUCUGUUGGGUGAAUCCUUCAGAUUAUUUAGUGAUCACAAGAGUCUGCAGUACUUGUUCACUCAGCGAGAGCUGAAUAUGAGACAGCGCCGAUGGUUGGAGUUUGUGAAAGACUAUCAUUUCUCUAUCCAGUAUCAUCCAGGAAAAGCGAAUGUGGUGGCAGAUGCACUCAGUCGUCGACCUGUUGGUAGUCUUUCCACUCUGUUCAUUACUGAGUGGAAUGCGUUGAAGAGGGUGGAUGAAUUGUCGGAUACUUUCUUGGCUUGCAUGGUAGUUACACCUUCUAUCAUUCACAAAGUUUUGAAGGCACAACUCACGGAUCAGGGAACGAAAGCAAUUCAAGGCAUAGCCCUGAACUUGUCAGAAUCAGAGGAGCUACGACAAGUGAAUGCAAAGGCAUUCACAGAGAUGAAAAGGCUGAGACUGCUUCAUCUCAAUUAUGGCCACCUAAGUGGAAGCUGCAAACAUCUCUCCGGAAGACUAGUUUGGCUAUCUUGGAAAGGAUUUCCUUUAAAAUGUAUGCCAUCAACCUUAAUCAUGGAUAACAUGGUUGCCAUUGACUUGAGCUACAGCAGGCUCAAACAGGUGUGGAAAGAAUCUAAGGACUUGUCAGUUGGAGAUUGUCGUUCUUUGAGUUCAUUGCCUAGUUCUAUUGAAGGCUUAGCUUCUGUUAUUGAGCUUUGGUUAGAUGGGACAUCAAUCCUAAAUCUACCAGAUCAGAUUUGCAUCUUGAAAUCACUUGAUACGCUUAGUAUGAGGAAUUGCAGAUCACUUUGCUCAUUGCCAAAAUCAAUUGGAAGCAUUGUGACUCUUACUACAUUGAUUAUCGUGAAUGCUGCCAUAACUGAGUUGCCGGAAUCGAUAGGAAUGUUGGAAAAUCUUGGAAUAUUAAAUUUGAACAAAUGUAAGAAGCUCUGUAAACUGCCAGCUUCCAUUGGGGAAUUAAAGUCUUUGCACCACUUGUAUAUGGUGGAAACUGCAGUGAGAGAUUUUCCCGAAAAUUUUGGGAUGCUCACGAGCUUAGUGGAAUUGAAAAUGGCAAAGAAACCUUAUCAAGAAGUGCCUCAGAAUGCUGAAAACAGAGAGCUUGUUGUGCUUCCAUCUACUUUCUCAAAUCUCUCCGGGUUAAUAGAGUUGGACGCUCGUGGUUGGAAAUUAUCUGGCAAAAUACCUGAUGAUUUUGAGAAAUUGUCAUCUUUAGAGAUUUUAAAUCUGGGUCACAAUGAUUUUUCUAGUCUUCCAUCUAGUAUGAGGGGACUCUCCCCUCUCAAAAAUCUUUUCCUUCCCCACUGUAAGGAGCUCAAAUUUCUCCCCCUCUUCCGUCGAGUUUGGUGGAGAUAAAUGCUGCAAAUUGUACAGCACUUGAAGGAAUAUCAAAUCUGUCAAGUUUGGAGAGUUUACAAGAGCUGUACCUUACAAACUGUGAAAAAUUAGUGGAUGUUCCAGGCCUCGAAUCCUUUAAGUCCUUGAGAAGGUUGGGCAUGAGUGGUUGUAGUUCAUGCUCUUCAGCGUUGAAGGGAAAAUUUGAUAAGGUUGCUUUGAAGAAGUUCUACAACUUGAGCUUUCCUGGAAGCACGAUCCCAGAUUGGUUUACUCAAGGAGUGGCUCGUUUUUCAACGCGAAAAAACCGUGUGAUUAGAAGUGUGAUUAUAUGUGUUGUUGUCUCUCGCAACCAUCAAACACCAAAUGAUUUAAGAGUCCAGCUCCCUGUAAUACCAGAUGUUAUGGUGAAGAUUCUGAGACUGAAUGAACCAGUAUACA